AUGUCCCAACAUGGCGGCGACGCUUUGGGUGCGUCGCCGCCAGGGCGCCCACGACAUCAGAUAAAACGAUCCAUUUCCGAAAUCUCGUCGCCGAUCCGUCUGCAUCGACAUCAUUCUCAUCGCGCAGGCAAGGAGACAGAUCGAGACGCGCGCAGCGCAGCCCCGCAGUCGGCAGUCGUCCAAACUCAACGUUCCUUGGAAUGGUCGCGGUCCGAGGGAGUGACGCCGAAUCUGACGCCGAACGCGAGUCGCCGAACGAGCGUUCUCUAUGCCUCGGCCGACGAAGCGAUGCCGGCAAUUAGGGCUCCCAGGGGAAACGCGUCCCUCGCCGGACUCGUGAGGGAGCAGCAGAAGGCUGCCGCCCGCGAGAGUGGCCUACAGCGAUCCCUCAACGAGCUCGACAAUUUUGCGACCUCAACGACGAGGCAACUCGACGACACUUAUGACUCUCUUCUAGAAAGGCUAAACGCGAUGCAAAACACCAUAAUAGCAUUGAAGGAACUUAGCGAGAGUUCUCGAUUGCUUAGCGAUAACUUCAGCACCGAAGCCGAUGAACUGGUUACAGAUAUCAAUAUGCAACUCCACACGUUUGGGCAGUUUGAAGACCAACAAAGACGCAUCGAAUCCCUCCAGAAACGCAUCGAGAUGGGACGGAAACUCAUUAGAUCCCUGAGCGAGCGGGUCGACGCCGUGAGUGCCCGGGUGACGGGCUGGGAGCGGGCGGACAAGGAAUGGCAGGAAAAGACUCGACGCCGUCUCAAGGUCGUCUGGGUAGUCACAUCCGUUAUCUUUUUCUCGUUACUCCUUCUUUUUGUUGGUACUCAAUAUGGGCCGGAAAGUCUUGAAAGCACGACAGCGCGAAUUGCGAGUGAUGGCUUGCAAACCGCGGCGGACGUGGUAGGCGCCGUCCCACAAGUGGUUGCGCGGGAUGACGAGCCACAGGGGAGGGGCGGUCUCAUCAAAGCAGUGUCACUGGAGGGGUCAUCGAACGCCACGGAUAUACUCCAUGUGUUUGACGAAUUGUAA